ACGCAUUUGCUCUGUUUUAGAAAAUUAAUAACAGGUACUUGUAUAUUUCUGUCUGGAUGUCCGAGACCGGCUUAAUUGCAGACUGUCAUAUCCGGUUGAAAAUAAACAUUUCAAGUAAAUUAGCUUCCAAGACAAGAGGUUAAAUCAUUCAUCUAGUCAUGGCAUUAACAAUAGAGAGAUUAUUAGAAGAUGCUCAUCUGUUGAUAACAAGAUUAAAAGAUCAUGAUGCUACAGCUGAUAUAUUAAUAUCUAAUACACAGACCUUACAUACUAGAGUAGAUGGUAUGAAACAGUAUCAAGAUGAUAUCACAGAACUAAAUGAAAUUGCCAAACAUAGACCUCGAUCAACACUGGUAUUGGGUAUAGCACAAGAAAAUCGGCAGAUAAGAGAACUUCAACAAGAAAAUCAUGAAUUACAGAUGUCCCUGGAAGAUCAUCAGUCAGCAUUAGAACUUAUCAUGCAGAAAUAUCGAGAACAAGUGGCUCAGUUAAUACAUGGCAAUAAAGUAGAAGCUAUAAUAGCUAAUAGAUCAGAAAGUUCUAAGGAAGACGUAACAAAUUUAUUAAGUAAGAUACAUGAGAUGGCCGCUGUCAUGAAAAAAGCUGUGGAUGUUGACGAAGAAAUGUCAACUAAGGAAUAUGAAGAGUUAACCAAAUUAAAAACAGAGAAUCAAACCUUAAGAGAAAUAUUAGAGAUUUGUACAACAUCUAAAGAUAGAAUAGUACAAGAUGAGGAUACAGAAGAUAAAUCAUCUCAAACAGAAAAUACUUGAUUUAUUUCACAGUCUUAAUUUAUAAAUUAGAAAAAUUGAUCGGAGAAACUUCCGAAAAUUCAAAAGCUGAAAAUUGGGAUUUGUUUAUCUGAAAUGCAGCUUAGAAAAAAUUUGGUUUAUAAAGUUUGGGAAAGCAGCAGAAUUUUUAUUUAUUUACCUAUAUCUGAUUUUUUGAUUGUUGAUCAGAAAAUAUAAUUUGAUAUAUCAAGUUUCAGAAAUCAGCAGAAUCUUUAUUUAUCUGACCCUUUGAAACACACAUUAGGUAAUAUAAUUUGGUAUAAUAAGUUUGAGAAAGCAGCAGAGUUUUAAUUAAUUAUUUGACCUUUUGAAAUACUGUACAGAUUAGGGAAUUUUGAUUAUAUGGCUUAUUGAAAUGCAGAUUAAGAAAUAUUAUUUAGAGUAUCAAGUUUGUUGAGUUUUUGUGAAACUGUCUUUAUAUCAGGCAUCUGUUAAGUGUGUAAUGUAUUAGAUGCUGUGUGUUUAGAAAGUUUCUUUUGACAAAAAUAUAAAUAGCAAGGACUAUUUUCUAUAAUAUAUAUGACAUUAUUUUCAUUACACAUAUUUUAUUUGAUGUAUAUACUGGUAGCUUUACAUGAUAUUCUAGCCAAUGGUAAGGUGUUCCUGCUUACUGCAACUACUUAUAUCAGUGCCGGAAAGUGUCAGAUUUAGAUGUAGAGAGGUGACAGGCUAUUCCAUUUAUGAUGCCCCUCCCCAUGUGUUUUAAACACAAUUGAGCAAAACCGAGGAUAAUGAUGGACGUUUAAAACUACAGUGCAUGUAACAAAGGCAUAUGAUAGUAUCAAAAAAAAAAUACACUUGGCCAGGGGUCCGUUUAAGAGUUAGGUCUUGAGGUCCUAGGUUUCCAUAUGCUACGGUGAAUCUGAGUCUUAUUUUAAUAUGCAGGAACAAAUUCAUGCUUUGUCAGACACAAUUCGCGUGUGGUGCCUGUUAUUUUCUCAGUCACAGAUUUUCCCAUUUUUUUGUUUUUGUUGAUAUAUUAUAUACAACCCUGGCCAAAAGUUCAAAAUGUCAAGUCCAACUUCAGUAAUGCCUGAAAUAAUCUGAAGACAUUUACCAUUUUAUUAGGGAAAAAUAUUUUAUAAUAUUGUAAUGUAAGAGAUUAAUGUAAAUAUCACAUAUAUCGGGAAGUGGGGGGGGGGGCAUUUUGUAUAUAUUUUUGUUAUUGGGUCAUUUGGGUGUUUAGG